CUCAUCCCAAUUCACACACACCAAAGCAAAGUGUUUCUUGUGAAAUCUCUCUUCUCUCCAACCAAAAGAGGAAUUAAUAAUGGCUUCAAGAACCACAAAAUCAUUAGCCCUUUUCUUGAUCCUCAACUUCCUCCUCUUCACAACAAUAUCCGCCUGCGGCAAGUGCGGUUGCCCUUCUCCCAAGCCAAAACCUAGCCCCUCUCACAAGCCAAAACCUAACCCUAAACCCAAGCCAACUCCAAGCCCUAGCCCGGCCACAGCCAAAUGCCCUAGAGACGCCCUUAAGCUAGGAGUUUGCGCCAACGUACUCAACGGCCUACUCAACGUCACCCUUGGCAAGCCACCGGUCGAGCCAUGUUGCACCCUCAUCAAAGGACUCGCUGAUCUUGAGGCUGCAGCUUGUCUUUGCACCGCGCUCAAGGCUAACAUCCUCGGUAUCAACCUGAACAUCCCAGUCUCUCUCAGUCUGCUUCUCAAUGUUUGUAGCAAAAAGGUUCCUCCUGGCUUCCAAUGCUAAUCAAUAACCUAAUUAUACAACAUGUCAAUAUAAUCUUCUUGUUUGG